CCACCAUCACCCACUUCAUACCAUGAAUAAAAAUCUAUUAUUUAUAACGUGUCUCUUAUCCUUAUAUUAUCCUUACACAUCUGCUUAUGACGUGUCUUUUGACGGAUUGAAGGCUACCUUUGACCACUUCUCUCUGCAAGACUUUUCCUUGGUGGAUACUGCAAAAACUGCAUACCAAUAUUUGAUUACCUACCACGACUACCUUUUGGAUACUGUUGAAAACGUCAAUAUUGAAUUAAAAGAAAACGGCGGAAAAAGACUACCUAUUCUAUGUUCAGCAGACGAUUACUUUUACCAUAUGACUCAUUAUUUACCAGUACCUAUUGUAUCAUUGAUUGCUAAUAAACAACGUCACGAUUACGGUAACCAUCACUAUUCUCUCGAACAGAAAUAUACACCUGAAGAACGUCAACGAUUGUUUGCUACCACUGUCAAUACACUUCCACCUGCGCUUCGUGACCAUGCUACUAAAGCUAAGGCUGAACUAGAAGCCUUCCUUAUUCUCGUUCCUUCGUCUGGUAUUCACCUUCUCAUUAAUCAACAUUAUACCACUUGGAUUGGCUACUUAGAUACUUUGAAAUCUGAUCUACACUCUCUUAGAAACGCCGUCACAGUAAGCAUUGACAGUCAACGACAAUUACUGCAAGAUUAUAUUGAUCAGGAUAAAGUAGAGAUGGAACUAUCUGAAACAGAACGUUUGAUCGGUAAUAAUAGUGAUCUUGGACUUGUGUUCGAUAUUUAUCGUCAAUUUUCUGAUGACAAAUUACGAAUGGAAACCAUCCGGAUGGAACAACGCAACGGAAUACAACAAUGGCAACAGGAUUUAGAAUCUGGAUUUUUGGAUGCAGUAACGACUUUGGGACCGUUACGUGGUUUGGCAGAAGAAAUGUUCAGCAAUGCGAUGGAUAAAACCUUAGUAGAAGUGAAUAGUUUGACAGCCAAGAUGUACGACAAACUGAUGCAAUGGAACUCCUUGACCUCACCGAUGUUUCAACAGGCCAAGAUUUCAAUGGCGACCUUGUCAACGGUAACAACUCUAGAAGAAUUGGAUAUUAUCAGAAAUGAAGUGAAACAGACCAUAGACGAAGGAGAAGCUUUACUUGAUGUGGUAAAACGUCAACAAUACAAAUCAUCCAGUCAUAUCAGUAAAACAAUCAAUUCUAUAUGGAACAAAGCAACCUUGGAACUUGUUUACUCCCGUUGGCAAUGGAUCUAUUGGCGUGAUAUUUGGAGAACUGGUGGCUUUACUUCGGUCUUACAAUCAAUCACCUCUCUACUUGAAUAAGUAUAUACAUUGUUUCUUUGAUUCUAUUAUUAUUUUUUACAUCUAUUCUCUCUCUCUCUCUUCUUUACAUAUGUUAUAUAUAGUAUUCUAUUCAUCUUAUUCACCUUUAACUUUACUUCAAUAAAAUAUUAUUUUGAUUCCUUCUUUU